AUGAAUUAAAAUUAAUUUAGAGUUUAAUUCUCUAAUUGCUAAGAAAUCCAAGAUAUUGGAGAAAGUCUUGUUUUUUAAUAAUCAUAAUUUCUUAAAAUGAUUAAUGAAUUGAACAAAAAUGGGGAUGUUAUACAAUUGGAUAUGAAAAAAGAAGAAUUUAAUAAUAUUGUUGCUUUUAUGAUUUAAAUUAAGGAAACUUUAAAAGGGCAAGAACAUUAAAUUUUCAAUAAUAUAGAAAAGUAAUAAUGAAAUCAAAUUUAGUAUUAAAGCUACAGAAUAAUUUAAAGAUCUAUUCAAAGAUAUGUAAGAGAAAUAAGUAUUACCAUUGCUUUCAUUAGCAGAAUACUUAGAUAUUCCUAAUCUAAUAAUAUUAUUGGCAGCAUAAUAUAGUUGUUUAAUUAAAGGUAUUUGAUAUUUUAAUUUCACAGACCAACCAGCAAGCAUAAACAAUUGGAAUUAUUGA